UUAUAUUUUUGGGGGAACAUAACCAAAAAUCUUAUUUAACAACAAAUUAAAUUAAUUUAGUGUUUCAGUUUGUAAAAGUAUCUACAGUUUUGUAAAAUGGCUUCCAAUAUACGCUUCCUACGCCCCUAUGUUUCUGAGGGUUUGCGAGCAGCAGGAAUCAUGGGUGCCGGUGAUAUAUUGGCGCAAACCGUUGUGGAGAAGAAAUCCUUCAAAGACAUUGAUCUCAUACGCACAGCAAAGUAUGGUUCCCUGGGUAUGCUUUUUGUUGGUCCCGUUCUAAAAUAUUGGUUUGGUCUAUUAGAUCGCCAAAUAAGAGGCAAACAAGGUGUACAGCGGGCUUUAAAGAAAAUGGCUGUGGACCAGGCGAUAAUGGCACCAUCGCUGAAUUUAGCCAUUGCCAGCUUGGUGGGAUUAAUCAACAAUGAAAAACCUGGAGACAUAGCUGAACGUCUUAAAACCCAAUAUCCGGAUAUAAUGAAGACAAAUUAUAUUAUUUGGCCAGCGGUCCAGAUUCUUAAUUUUGGUUUGGUGCCUCUAAGAUAUCAAGUGGUGUUUGUGCAGACGAUAGCCGUAUUUUGGAAUUGCUUUGUAUCCCAAAGGUUAAAUGAAAAACUGGCCGAUAAAACACCCCAGCUAAUGGACGAACAGGAGAAGUCUUUAUGAUCAAAUUAUCAUAGCGGAAUAUCGUUAAAAGUUUUAUAGUUUUUAUAAUCUUAUUUUAAAUUAUUUUUAAUUAUAAGUUAAAAAAUGACCAAUAACAUAAAUAUGUGAUGUAAAACAUACUUCCAAUAUAACGAACACAUUUUCUGUAAUUGAAAAGUUCUUGCCGGAAAUAA